AUGGACGCUCUCGCGCCCGCCCCCACCCGCCGCCGCCUCCUCGCCGGCGCGGCCGCCGCCACCGCCGGCUACGGCCUCUACCGCCUCUACCUCCACCACCGCCGCCGCAUCGCCGCGGCGCUCUCCCUCGCCAACGCGCUCUCGCAGGCCGGCUCCGACCUGGCCGACUUCCUCCGCUCCGACUCCGACCAGGUGCCCCGCAGCCUGCGCCAGCUCUCCAAGCUCGCCGCCUCCGACCACGUCUCCUCCGCCGCCUCCGCCCUCUCCGAGUCGCUCGCCUCGGGGGCCCUCCGCGCCUUCUCCUCCCACCGGGCCCCGGAUCCUUCCUCCCCGCCGCUGCACGACCGGAUCUUGGACCGCCUCCUUUCCCCCGCCGGCGCCGGGUUCGCCUCCGCCGUCCUCGGGAGCUUCGCCAGGAACCUCGUGCUCUCCUGCCGUGAUCCCGAGGCCCCGCCCCGCGCCCCCGGCCAGCCGGACUGGCUCGCCGCGCUGUGCAGCGACAGGGGCAAGGAGGCCGCCGCGGAGCUCGUCCGGGUGUUCGUCAGCACCGCCGUCGCCGCCUACCUCGACAGGACCGCCGCCGUGCGCACCUCCGACCAGGUGCUCGCCGGCGUCUCUAACCCCAAGCACGACGCCAAGCUCAAGGACCUGCUCGUGUCCGUCUGCAACGGCGCCGUCGAGACGUUCGUCAGGACCUCGCGGCAGGUCACAAAGGAGGCCUCCAUUUCUCGAGCUGAAGCAGCAGUGGCGGCGCGAGAGGUCUGCAAUUCAGGUCCUAGCUGUGUAAUGGAGAGAGUAUCGACCACGUUGGCCAUGCCAAGCAACCGGAGGUUUGUGCUGGAUGUUACUGGCAGGGUCACCGCCGAGAUGGUCCGGUCAUUCCUCGAGUUCUCGACUCAGCGCGUGUCCGCUGGUGCACGAAAGAGCAUUGUCAUUGCCCGGGAUGAAAUCACCGAAAGGGGUCUUGUCGCGGUCAAGUACCUGAGCGCCAAGUCCAUGGCCAUCUUCACCUUAUGCCUCACAAUGUGCAUGCACAUUUCGGUUGGAAUGAGGUUCCCGUUGCCGGCCUAG